AUGAAUGUGAUGCUUCGCCUGUUAAGACUGCAGAAUGCAGUCGGGACGGAAGGAUAUUUGGAAGCGCGAUACGCUAUUAAAUUUUGCGUCACACUCGGAAAGAACGCUACGCAGACUUAUGAACUGCUUCAGACUGCUUAUGGAUUAACUUGCAUGAGCAGAGCAUCCGAGUUUCGUUGGCACAAAAUGUUCAAGGAGUCUGUGAGAGAUGAUGAGAGGUGUGGGAAGGGGACGGAAGUCAGAACACCGGAGCUGCUGGGGAAAAUUCGUACUGUUAUGGACGAGGACCGUCGAGUGACAAUGGAGACAAUAAGUGAACAGUUUGAAGUCAAUGUGGAAACUACGCACAAAAUUAUUCAUGAUGAACUGAACAUGCGAAAGAUUUCCGCGAAGUUUGUCCCAAGGGUGCUCAGUGGACGGAAAGACGUGUUAGCGACAGCAGGGAGAUAG